AUGUCUACCUCUGGUUGCGGCGGCGGACUGGGCUCGUGCUCCGGCUCAGGAUUUGGCUGUGGCUCAGGGUCUGGGUCUGGCUCCGGCUCGCUUGCCAGUUCCACGUCUGCGUCUGUCAGGAUAUCGACGAAGCUAUCAGAACUGGUGCCGGGGUCUGUGCCGUUGGCCCGAGUCCUCUCCGACGGCUCCCUAUCUGCUGCCUCGGGUGCACCUGCUUGCUCCACUGAACGUUCUGCUCAAACUUGA